CGUGGUGUCUGAAGUCAACUCUUUGCCUUGGGAGGGGUUUUUCUCCUGCGCGGCAUCCAGAAGGCAGCCUCUUUCUCUCUCUCUCUCUCUCGGGUGACGGAGGCGUUAACGGGGAGCGGGGAUUCCGUCGCAACUGCGCACGCUGGAAUCCCCGUGCAGGAGCGGCGAUUCUGCGGUCCAAGAACAUAACAGAUUAAAGAACUACAUUCUACAGCAACAAGACUUUAAGUAAUACAAUGUGUUUGCCAGCUUUACAAUGAUUAGGAAUGCCUGGGCAACUGUCUAACCUUCACUGGAAUAUCUGGUCCUUAAGCCACAAAAUUUGAAUGUGGAACCUUGGUCAAAUCUAAACAGUGUGAUGUUGAAAUGAGAUGAGGCUCCGAAAUGGAACUGUGGCCACUGCAUUGAUUUUCAUCACAUCUUUCCUCAGUUUAUCAUGGUAUACAGCAUGGCAGAAUGGAAAAGAAAAGCUGAUUGCUUAUCAAAGAGAGUUUCAUGCUUUGAAGGAGCGCCUUCGCAUAGCUGAGCACAGAACCCUGCAACGUUCUUCUGAAUUAAAUACCAUCUUGGAGCAGUUCAGACAGGCCGUGGCAGAAACAAAUGGAAGUAAGGAUGCAUUGAGCAGCGUUUCAGAUGAAACAUUAAAGUUGUUAAAUGAACUGACAAACAGAAGAUCUCUUCAAGUGCCAAAUAUAUAUUACCACUUGCCUCAUUUGUUGAAAAAUGAAGGAAGCCUUCGUCCUUCUGUACAUGUUGGCUUCGGACGAACAGGAGUUUCUAUAGUAAUGGGGAUUCCAACUGUCAAGAGAAAAGUAAAAUCUUACCUUACUGAAACUCUUCAUUCGCUGAUUGAUAAGCUGUCGCCUGAGGAAAAAUUGGAUUGUGUUAUGAUUGUAUUCAUAGGAGAGACAGAACUUGACUAUGUAAAUGGUGUUGUGGCAAACCUUGAAAAAGAGUUUUCGACAGAAAUUCGUUCUGGUUUAGUGGAAAUAAUAGCUCCUCCUGCAUUUUACUAUCCUGACAUGAAAAAUCUAAAAGAGACAUUUGGAGAUUCAAAAGAAAGAGUCAGAUGGAGGACAAAGCAGAAUCUGGAUUACUGUUUUCUUAUGAUGUAUGCACAGAAAAAAGGUGUAUACUACAUUCAGCUUGAGGAUGACAUCGUUGUCAAGCAGAAUUAUUUCAGCACAAUAAAAAAUUUUGCACUUCAGUUGUCAUCAGAAGACUGGAUGAUUCUAGAAUUCUCUCAGCUGGGAUUUAUUGGUAAAAUGUUCCAGUCUCCAGAUAUUACACUCAUUGUAGAGUUCAUACUUAUGUUUUAUAAAGAGAAACCAAUUGACUGGCUCUUGGAUCACAUUCUUUGGGUGAAAGUGUGCAAUCCGGAGAAAGAUGCAAAACAUUGUGAUCGCCAGAAGUCAAAUCUCAGAAUACGGUUCAGGCCUUCGCUUUUUCAGCAUGUGGGCCUACACUCUUCCCUAGAAGGAAAGAUUCAAAAACUCACAGAUAAAGACUUCUUGAAACCAUUAUUGCAUAAAAUUCAUGUGAAUCCACCAGCAGAGGUUUCUACAACGUUAAAAGUCUAUCAAGGGCAUGCUCUUGAAAAAGCCUACAUGGGUGAAGACUUUUUUUGGGCUAUCACACCAGUUGCUGGAGAUUAUAUCUUGUUUAAAUUUGACAAGCCAGCUAAUCUAGAAAGAUUCCUGUUCCAUAGUGGCAAUCCAGAACAUCCAGGGGAUAUAUUGGUCAAUACAACUGUGGAAGUAUUACCUCUUAGGAAUAAAGAGCUGGUCUUAAGCAAAGAAACCAAAGAGAAACGGUUAGAAGAUGGUUAUUUCAGAAUAGGCAAAUUUGAAAAUGGCAUAGCAGAAGGAAUAGUCAGUCCUAAUCUAAAUCCAAUUACAGCUGUCCGGCUGUUCAUCAUACAAAAUUCAUCCGUCUGGGCAAUCAUAAAUGAGAUUCAUAUUAAAAAGCUCCCCAACUGAUUAAUAUUGAAGAAGUAAGAAGAUAGAUGUUGAAUAUUUUUGCAAAAUCGUCCGAACUGCAGAAGGAAGAUAUUGAGUACGCACCUUAAUUCAACUCAACUGAAACACUACCUCCCGUGAAUUCUACUGUAAUUGAAAAUAAGGACUCAGCAAGAAGGAUUGAUUACAACGUAGAAACUGAUAUUCACCUGGCAUUCUUUAUCUAUAUUAAUAAUUUGAACAUGACUUUGGUUGGCUAGGGAGCACAUAAAUUCUCCUUGGCCUAUCCAGUGGUGAUGGGUUAAGUACAUAAAAGGUGUACAUAUUGUUACAUUCCUUGGAAAUGAGAAAAAGGUGUUAAAAUGCAUUUUAUGAAGAGGGUACUUUUUGAAAGUCCAUUUAUUUUGUUAUUGAAAACCCUCUUUUAUAGAUUAUCAGGGAUAUAUAUUCAAAAAUUUUAGGGUAUUUAAUUUAUUAAAUAAUUUGAAAAGUACAUAUUUUUAUGCCAAUAAUAACUUGUUUUUUAAUGUAUUAUCUUACUUCUUGAGUUAAAUGUACAUUUUACUUGGUUAAUGAUCAUAUUUUGUAAUGUAUUGCCAUGGUUAGAAGAGUUGAACUGAAUUUGCCAAUGAAGCACUUUUGUACCAGACCAGAUUCUCCUGCACAAAUCCUGCUGAAAUAAGAAGGGUUUCACAGAAGAACAUCCUCAUGAAAAGUUCACAGAAUCACGGAUAUGGUGUUCAAAGAUACACACAUGGCAUGCAAGGACUUUGAAGAACAUUACCUAUGAUUUUCAUCGCCCUGGAAUUAAGGAAUUUUAUAUUUCAAUAGAGUGAAUGAAGUCUGCAGCAAUUUAAAGUUCGAAUCAUUCCCCAUUACAGGGGUACUUUGAUAACAGGUUGUUCUUUUUUAAUCUUUGUAAAGUUUUCUUCAAUGCAAUCAGCCAAGUUGCUCUUUGGAUAGCAAUGCCUUCUGAAAUCAACUUUUUUUUUUUUUGCAUUCCCUUUUCAAUGAACUCUGCUCAGUGCUUUUGAAUGAUUUAAUUUAGCAUUCUGUUAGGGAUAAUGGAAUAGAUACACAGUAACCUCAGCUGAGCUUUUAUAAUUGUAACUUUGUCAGUCCUUAAAUGUGGAAGUGAUUUCUAUUUCUUAAGAUCCAGCUUCUGUUUAAAAGCAUUGCACUCCAAUUGACUGAAGCAAGGCUCCUGUGAUUUAAAUGCUUGUUGUCUUUUGUAUUUCAAAGAAAAAAGAUGUUUGCUUGGUCAGUAGCCUUGAAGAGAGGCAAUUCAAGCACUUUGUGCUCCGUAGCACAGAAAACAUGCAAUAGUAAAGUAAUAAUAGUAACAAAACAUGUUUUUUCUUAUCUAACUCCAGCCAAGUUAUGAAAAGCAAGGUGAUUUUUUUUUUUAGUUCUGUGACUCACACAGGUAAAUUGAAUCUUCUCCAAUAGUGACAACUUGUAUUGUGAGUUAAUUCUUAGAUAUUUCUGUGUCUUGGAUGUAAGUUUUUGCCAAAAAUCAAUGUCUCUCUUGCCUUCUAUCAAAUAUAGAAAUGAUUUGUAAUGUAUUGAAGGGAUUGGACAUCUGUUUUCUAUUUGAGUCUAUGAAGAGUCCAACUACUUCUAAAGAAGAAGAAAAAAGAUCACAGUAUGAAAAAAACACUUGAAUUGUUUCAAAUUAUUCAAGACUUGAGAUUGCUUUGAUUUUAAUUAGAUCUGAUCCUAUAUUUAUGAAAUAGUUUUGCUGAAAUUCUUCGUUGGUUGGGGACGUAUGCAUAUAGAAUUGCUUGUAUGACAUACUAAGUUAUGGAUUUGAAUAUUACUACUUCUAUAAAA